AUGACGAUCGUCCACAUGGACUGGCUUUUCCAUAAGGCCAUUGCAACCGGGGCUCGUAAGAUCAAUAUCAACCGGAACGCUCGUGAUGACUACACAGCAUUCGUUGUUGAGAAUGCUGGCCGCUUGGAGCUUACUGCUCCGAAGGAACAGUCUGUAGCAAUCUAUCAGGAAUCAGUCGAACACAUUAUGGAUGUUCUUGGUUCAUCCGGGAAGGCGCAUUAG